AGAGUGACUCUCACAACUGUGGGGGAGAUGAUGAGGAAUAAAAAAAAGAUAAAGAGGAGGUGGAAUUUCAAGUUAAAUAUCAACUUUAUAGUGGAGGAAAAUAUGUGGGAUACGUGAGGCCAGUUUGGUUCAGCUUGUUGUCAAGAACAGUCAACAUCCUCUUCAUCAAUUAUUGUUAAUCAAUAUUAUAUAUUGCUUAAAUAAUUAUUUAUUUAAAAUACAUUUUAUUUUAUAAAUCAACAUGGGUCAUUUAUUCAAAGUUUUAUUGAUUUCUUUGGCAUUUGCGGUUAUUGUGAUGGGAGCUGAUGAUGAAUCUGAAUCAAGAGGAUUUUCUUCAGGUGUAUCAUCUGGUCAAAUUGAAGCAGCACUUAAAAAUGAUCGUUAUUUAAAAAGACAAUUACAGUGUGCACUUGGUACACAACCUUGUGAUGCAGUUGGAAAAAAAUUAAAAGAAUUGGCGCCUCAAGUACUCAGAAAUAAUUGUGUUAAAUGUACACCUGAUGAGCUAAAUCAAAUAAGAAAAGUUCUUAUUACAAUUCAAAAUCGUUUUCCAAAAGAAUUUGGAAUGAUUCUUAGACAAUAUCGUAUUUAAUUUAAUUAAUAAAUAAAGCUUUGACAAAAAUAUUUAUUAAUGUUAUUAUUUUCAUGAAAGAUUACCUAUAUUAUUUAUUAAUAAU